AUGUCUCAACCAGAGCAGCAAACCAGUCUAACGACACAGGAAACUACCACUGUUGCUACCACCAGUGCCAAUACCAGUAUCAUUACUACUGUCACGACUACAGCUAUAAGUUCUUUCGACAAAUCUUUACCCCCGCCACCUGCAUCUGCUACUUCUUCGCCGACACAGCCCGCAGACGAAUCCGACAAAACUAAUGAACAAUCGAACGAAGAAACAAAAGACGGUUUAGAAAAACAAGGCGAGGAAGACAAGGAUAUUACUUUGACUUUGCUACUGAUCUCUGGAAAGAAGCAUACAUUCAAGUUUGACCCGAAUGAGACCAUAAAGACUGUAAAAGACAGAGUUUUCGACACAUGGCCAGGAGAGUGGUCCGAUGAGAGGCCGCCAUUAUCGGCAUCCAAUCUAAGAAUUCUGUAUAUGGGCAAGUUCUUGAACGAUGACACAACGCUAAAAUCUAAUAAAAUAGAACCUGGCCAAGAUACGACUGCCCAUUUGACGAUCAAAGACAUUUCUCCACCCGAGGAUGAAGAACCAGGGUCAGCAGAUGCUCCAAAAUGUUCAUGUUCGUGCUUAAUUCUGUAA